GCGGUUGAUGCCGGACGUCACAGUUUCUCUCGUGGUUCUCUCGUUUUCUGAUUCCUUUUCUAAGCUUGGAGACUGUCGAUAACAAUCUCCUCUUCAUGGCCAUAAGCGAAGGCUGCCCAGGACUCAAGGUCGAGAUCCUUGACGGUACAAUCACACCGCUUCCUGAAUACAACAAUGUCGACGCGGACAGUAACACCAAGUACAUUGAGGCUCGGUCUGGGAGCGUCUUCUCGAUCAGGGCUUCAUUCACGUCGUCAUUCAUGUAUAACCAUCACGUUUUAAUGGACGUCACAAUCGAUGGGAAACGCAUAAACGCAAACAUCAUCGAGACUGAUCGUCUGACCCGUUGCUCCACCCGUCGAAUCCGACACGUGAUGGAUGGCAUCCACAUCGAGAAGUAUUCGAAAUGGUACCUCCAGCCAUUCCGGUUCUCAGAGUUAGAAAUAGACAAAGGCUGGAGUGGUUCAGACGACGCAUCAGAUGCGCAAGAUAUGAGCCAGAUUGGAACCAUAUCUGUGAGUUUUUUGUUCAUCCAGAACAUACGAUGGCAACCAUUCAAGGGCGAACGCUCCGGCGCUCUGUCCAAGUUGAGCAAAAUCUCAGAAGGAGCCUUGAAGGCAGAUCCACGCUCACAUCAAGUAACUUUCAGCAAGCCAAUCGCGAUCAAAGGAGAUCCCCCAGUGCUCUGCCCGCAAUUUGACCUUGUCGGGCGUCGACCAUUCGCUACAUUUACGUUCAAGUACAGAUCGCUCGCGGCGUUGAAAGCCCUGCACAUCAUUCCUAGUCAUCCAAGUUCAAAAUCGUUAGAACGCCGACUCGAGAACGGGCUCAUUAGAAUCGACGUCCCGGCACUGCUUGAGCAGUACAGGGCGAGGACACAGUUCACAACAUCCACAAAGCCUAUCAAGCGACAGUACGAUUACAUGCUUGAUCAUUCAGAUUAUAAGUAUUCAGCUAUUCGUGCUGAUUCCUCGCCGAGCAAGCGAAGUCGUAUCGAACCUCCAUAUCUCCUCGAACCAAUCGCAUCUAUGGAAGCUCAGAAAUACGACCUAGAGGAUCCAAUAAUGAGUAGCGAUACGUACUUCAUGUUGAGUGUAUGAAGUGGUAUCAGUUACAUCAUUGGCUGGCCACAUCCCUCAUUCUGACAGUCGUUAGGUGUGUGUCAAGAUCUAACGAAGACGGUAGGAUUGAUUUUCUCAACUGUAAAAAAAACUAUUUUUGCGAGUGCCAACGCGUGGGACC